AUGUUGAUCCUCAACUUGAUCACCAUCGCCAUCUUGGCCCUCAGCAACCAGGUAUUCGCUUCACCUGUCCUGGGCGACAACAUACUUCAGGCUCGCAAUCACCCUCCUCCACCACCACCACCGCCUCCCGUUCCUCCACCUGUUCCCCCACAUCCUCCGCCCCCUCUUCCCACAACAACCACCGCAAACAAGUCAACUGUACAAGUUCACCGACGUAUUGUCCCACAAACUGGCCCUAUCCCAAGAAUCCACCUCGUCCCAAGGCACCAGCUCGACAACUUCGCCGGCAAACCCGUUCCUCCACAUCGACCACUUCCGCGGCGCGACAUUCCAGGCAUUGUUAAGGUGAUCGGCAAAAUACCAGACUUUGUAAAAGACGACAGGUACGAAUGGAAUAACACACAAUACCCCGCCUAUUCCCUCGGGAGGAUCCUCCUGGGCGCAAAGUCAUUUGCGAACGCCAAGGGGAGAACUUGCAGUGGCUCAUUGGUUGGUCCACGACAUGUCUUGAUAGCGAGGCAUUGCUUCGGAGAUAAACUAGCCGACAGUGUUACAUUCGAAUCCAACUUUUUCGAGGGUCGGAGCGGAGGAAUUUCGUACGUGACGGACAUCAUCGCUGUAGACGGCCUAGAAUGUCACAAAAACCCCAAAAAUGGACAAGAGAUUUUUGAUUGCGCACUCAGUAACGAUUGGGCUAUCUUGAUUCUCGCGGAUCGAAUGGGUGAGACGCACGGGUACCUCGGGGUAAAAGAAUCUAACACAAAUACACUGAUUAACAAGAAAGCUUUUUCACACGUGGGAUAUCCUACCAACUCUUUGUAUCAUAUAGCAAAGCCUAUGCGGCAGGAUGGAAUCACCGUGGAGAAAUGUUAUCACUCCUGCGAUAUUCCCGGCGAUCGGCUGAUCACGGAUGCAGAUUGCCAGAGCGGAGCAUCAGGAGGGCCGUUGUUUAGGAUGGAAGAUGGACUGGCUUGGCAAUAUGGCGUGGCGAGUUCACGGUUUGGGGACCUCACCAAAAGCGUGGCUCCUCCGGAUAGGUGUGCUUUUGUAUCGAGCACCAAGUUUAUCAGUGCAGUUGCUAUGGUGCGAGAGCAAUUCCCUUAG